AUGGCAAGCGUCAUGGCCGGCUAUGAAGUAGCCCACCUCCCGGUCGCAUGGCAGUGGCAGGACGGGCCACCGAGCCCGAAACACUUCAGGCGACUCAGCGCCGUGCAGCAGGAGAGGGUGGAGAGCGAGGCUGGCUUCUUGUGGCUGAGGCCAGACCAACCUUUCAACUCGUCGUACCGCAUGCAGCAUUACCGAGCCCUGGUGCGGGACGGGGUGUCCCGAGCGAGCAUCUACGAGUCGACGGGAUCGUGCAAGAAGCACAAGGUGAUGGUGAGGCCAGUGGGUCCACCGAUGCUGGUGAGCCUUCACGCCGACCAUGACUGGGCUGGCAAUCUAGUGAGGUUUGAAGCACACUCCAGCAUCAGCGGCCGCUCACUUGCUGCCUUCUCCAUCCCAGACUCGGAGAGUAUCAGCAUGAGGCAACUCCGGAGCUUGGUGCACUUCCACCUGGUCCAGAAUGAGUGCAUCACCCAGCCACAGAAGGUCACGUUGCUCUCAUCUUCCUCCGGAGGCAUUCUCGAGGAUGUUCUUGGAUAUUGCUGGGGUCGCAAAGUGAAAGGAGGGCUGAAACCCCGUAGACGACUGUGUAAGAAAACCUUCUACUCUGUAGUGGCCCUGCGCAAGUUCUUCUUGCCGCGUGAGGGCUAG